CCGGGUACGAGCUUGAAAUCACUCUAACCGUCCGGUCCAUCACAGCAGCGAGUAAACCAACCCAUCACUAUCAACUAAGCAUCAUCGGAAGAGAAGCAGAGCAAAAGAUGGUGUGUCUUACUCCGAGAGCAGUCGCACACUUCUUAUCUGCACCUUCUCCACUCACCUCCUCCUCCUCCUCCUCACGCCUCAGACCUCUUCUCCAACAUUUCAAACCCUACAACACGAUCCGAUCACCACCGUCCAUCAAAAUGUCAACCCAAAUCAUCGAACACAUCGUCCUCUUCAAAGUCAAACCCGACACUGACCCCUCCAAAGUCACCGCCAUGGUCAACGGCCUCAACGCCCUCAGUUCCCUCCCUCAAGUCCUCCACCUCACCACUGGACCGCUCCUCCGCAACCGCUCCUCCGCCUUCACCUUCACUCACAUGCUGCACAGCCGAUACAAUUCCAAAGACGACCUCAACGCCUAUACGGCACAUCCCAGCCACUUGGCCGUCGUCGGCGAAUCGGUCAGGCCGAUCUGUGAAGACAUCAUGGCCGUCGAUUGGGUCGUUGACGAUCUCUCCAGUCCGUUGGUCCCACGGUCCGGUUCGGCCAUGAGAGUCACGUUCUUGAAAUUGAAGGAGUGUUUGGAGGAGAAAGAGAAAGGGGAGAUUUUGGGAGUGAUUGGAGGGAUUAAGGAGCGUUUCGGAUCGAUUGAUCAGCUCAGUUUGGGGGAGAAUUUCUCUCCGGCGAGGGCAAAAGGGUUUUCGAUCGCCUCCAUCGCUUUGUUUCCUGGAUUGAGUGAAUUGGAGGCGUUGGAUUCGAAUGUGGAGUUGGUGAAUGCGGAGAAAGAGAAGGUUAGGGAUCUGCUGGAGAGCGUGAUUGUCCUCGAUUACGUGAUUCCGGCGCCCCAAUCUGCUAGCCUCUGAUGGUUUUGACGAUUCCGAGGUUAUAUUUUCUGUUGCUCAACUUUGUUAUGAACGAAUUUUAAUUGCUUCUUUUUUUUUUUUUAAUUUUUUUUUUCCCCUGUUAUGAACAAUGUUGGAACCUUGUGUGUUGGAUAGCUUCAAUGCACUUAUGUUUAUGUUUGUCAA